CAGUAAGAAGAAAAAAAUUUAUCAAAUAAAGAUAAAAUUAAAAUUAUUCAUCCCAUAAAAAAAGAAGAAGCAGCAGCAGAACUGGGAAUUAUUCUCUUUUGAUACUCAUCACAAAGCUGUUGUUGUUUUUAGUCAUCAUACAGAUAAUUAUAGUGUUGCCAACUUAUUAGCUUAAAGCAGUCGUCUGUCAAUUGGAAAGAUCACAAAGCAUUCCUAUACAAUAUUUUUACUGCCAAAAUUCCCUUAAUCUUAAGUCUGCAAUAUGGCACCCAUGCCCAGUAUUAAGAGCAACAACAACAACAACAAACCCAAUACAAAUUACUUAUAUGCCACAAAUGAUUCCGGUGAUAGCUGCUCGACACCUUCCAGUCCACCCUCAAGUACUGAACCCGGCAAAUCACAAUGUUCUUCCUUAUCCGAUGGCGAAUCCUUUGAGGGUUAUGGUGAAAAUGAAUUAGUUAGCAUACAUUCCGCACAUGAUCAUGUUGAUCAUUCUCUGUCCACCAAUGAUGGCAAUAGUAACUUAAAUGGCAGUUCUGGCAUAGAACUGGAUUUGGCACCGCAUGGCGGUAACAACUCCACGCCGCAACAUGAUGAUGAUGAUUUAAACUUUAUACCACGCGAUAAUUGGGCACGUAUGAGUCUCAGACGUACGCCCACCAAAAAUCCAGACAGUUUAGCCAAUCGUCGUUGGGGCUCCAUGAGAAACUCUGGCCGACGGCAUAUGGUGGGAUCCAAUGCCCUAGCCAACCAACUUUAUCGUUCUUCCAGUUUCAAUUCAUCGGGACGUAGUUCCAACUGUGAUAACUCAGAAUCUGAUAUGUAUCCCGACAUGGAGGAUGUACAAAAUAUUAACUAUAAGCUGGAAUUACUACAGCGUCAGGUAACAGAUUUAACGGAUACUAAAACCACAGUGGAGGAUCUGACUUCACGCACAAAAACCGAAUAUGCGGUGUUGCAGGCCCGCUAUCAUAUGCUGGAGGAGCAGUUUAGAGAAGCUGAAUUCCGUGCCGAGGAUCGUUUAGCCGAAGAACAAAAACGCCAUCGUGAGCUUCUGGCUCGUGUGGAACGUGAGGCUGCCCUACAAAACGAAAACUGUCAGAUUAAAAUCAAAACCAUAGAAAUCGAGGCCAAUGCCUUGCGUGAGGAGAAUCAACGUUUGCGUGUUUUGUGUGACAAACAGGCCAAUGAUCUGCAUCGCACCGAAGAGAAAUUCGAAUUGGCUAGAGAUCAAAUUGUAGUGCUGCAGCAAGAUCUAGAUGAGGCUGAGCAAAAAGAGCGUAAAUAUGAACAGGAAAAGAAAACCUCCGAAGAACUAAUGCUGGAGUUGAGUAAAGAGCUGGAGCGUUUAAGAGCCGAAACAGGGCCAGCCAUGCCCACCACCUCCCCCGAAUCCAUAAGACUGGAAGAGUUACAUCAAGAGCUAGAGGAAAUGAGACAAAAGAAUAGAGCUUUGGAAGAACAAAAUGAAGAACUGCAAGCAGCUGUUUUGACUAGAGGCGUGGAAGAGGGCCGCCAUUUGUUAAAUGGCACCUUAAAUAGUUUGGCUCAAGAAUUGGAAGAAAUGUCACAAGCUCAGGAUUCUGUGGAUUCAACCACAUUAGCAUCCUUAAGUCAGUUACAACAAGCCUUCCAGGAGAAAGAGGAAGAAAACACCCGCCUUAAACAUUAUAUCGAUACAAUAUUAUUAAAUAUUGUGGAAAAAUGUCCUCAAUUAUUGGAAGUUAAAGCCAUAAAUAAUAAAUAAUAAAACUAAACAAAUUCAAAUUUAAUUAAGGCCAACACAACAGAUUAUUAUUUUGUUUCUAAAUUAAGCAUUAAUAAUAAAAAGAUUUACAAAACCAUUUAAAAAAUUUAAUAAUUAAGAAACUUAAUAAAAGCUCGUUUAAUUUAAACCAAGUUUAACGAAACUAAGAGUUUAAUUUCUCUUAGUUAUUUGUUGCUUUAAGUUAAACGGCCUUUAAUCAUUUAUAUUUAAUAAAAGAUUUUAAAAUUUUAGUUAUUUCCUUUCCCAUUUAAAGAAUUUAUUUAAAUUUAAUUACCAUUAGCCUAAAUUAUUUAUUGUUAAACAAAAAGAAAUUUCUCAGAGAAAAUUCCAAAAUUAUUUCCCCCAAAUGACUUUAGCUUUUUUAUUGAAAAUCAAUUGUAUUCAAAACUAAAUAAAAAAAACAACUCCUUGUUAAAUUAGUAAAUAAAUUAUUAGUGUAUAAAGCAAAUUAAUUUUUUUUUUAUUUAGACUUUUAGUUUUAAGUUUAUUUUUUCAUUUGUUCUUUCUUUAUUUCUAUUUUAUAAUUAAAUAAAAAAAAAACUGUAAAAUAUAAACAAAACAAAUUUUUAAACUAAUAUUUAGUGUUACAUCCUUAUUAUUAACUAUAUAUAUAUAAAUAUUAUUAAAUCAAACUAUAAAGUAUAUUAUUAUUCUUAUUAUUAAUAAAUAUGUAUAAUUUUUUAAUAAAAUCAAAAACGAAA